AUGCCUGUCACGCGGUCUGGGAGAUCUAGCACGGCAACGCAGGCAGCACCGGCGGAGAAACGGAAGCGCAAGGGGCACGCGGAUGACGAGACUGGAGCGAAAAGCAAGGGCGCCAGCGCCAAAGAUGGAGAGCGCGGAAACGCGGCGCCUCCCCCCAAGAAGCGCGGACGGAGGGAAACACGCGCAAAGCCGACAGACGAGGCAACACAGACAAGGAAGUCGACGCCAUCUCGCGUCCUGGAGAAGGGGGUGCUGUACUACUUUGUCCGCGCGCGAGUAGGCGUCGAGUCGCCCAGGUCGAUUGACGACAUUGCGAGAGGAUACCUCAUCCUGCGGCCCUUGCCUGAGGGCGUCCAACUGCGCGGUGCUCUGCCCGCGUCAGCUACGUGCAGACUCAUCGCGCUGCCGAAGAAGAGGCUCCCUGCCGGGCCCAGGGAGAGGUUCAUGGCGUUUGUGGAAAAGUCCGAUGCGUCCUACGACCAACUUGGCAGCGAGUUUCUCAAGGGCGAGGUCUACCAGACCAAGACGGCGGGGAAGCGUCAUUCUCCCGACGCGAUGCCGGUAGGCGAGGGCGUGUAUGUCAUCACGACGACGGGGCGCGAGAGUCACCUUUCGUACAUGGCGACUGUGCCUGAUUCCUCGGGCGAGCUGCAGAACGCCCUGCGAUUCGACAAGAAGGGGAGUUUCAUCAUGAGUAGUAAGAAUCCCGAGUACAAGGGGCCGUCUUUUGCGCGGCUACCCAAGGGCCCGGAUUACCCUCGGUCGGUGCUUGAGAAAUUCAACGGCUUGCGCUGGGUGGGAACGGUUCCUCAGUUUCUGGAUUACCCUCGCGCCCAGAUCUUGCUGAUUGGACACAAGACUGGGCUUGGAGGAGAGGACGGGAAGGACGACGACGGAGAGGAUCUGCUUGAUGCCUUGAGUCAGCUUGAAAAGGACGACAUUGACAGGAUGCAGCAUUUGUCGCCAGACGAGUCUGACGCCAUUUAUGCUGAUCUACACAACAGGAAGAUGGCGCACCCGGACGUUCACGACGACUUUGCCAGCUAG